GGGAGGGGUGGUAUUAAUUUUUCAUUUUAAUUGUCCAAGAUUGUGGCUACUAUCCUACGAGUAGGUUCUAUUCUUUAAGAUUCUGCAUGAGCGGCAACGCAAAGCUGUCGGUCGUCUAGCAGUUCGAUGGAAAAGAGAAAGGGAAGCUAUAAAAAUCGCCUGACGAUGGCAUGGAAAUUAACCGAUAUCCGCGAAACUGCACUACUAGGCUGCAUUGCAUGAUGGGACUACUUCCGACGAUAAUCGAGUGAGCCCCGACUUACCGCGAAGUAUAAUCUGAUGAGAAAAUUAAUCGCCGGUCUCUUCACGGGUCGAACUGAGUCGAAACUGUGAUACAAAGGAAAUUGCUACUAAGAAAAAGUCGUUGUAAAUUUAUUGCUUUUUCAUAUCUAAUAGGUCAUAAUCUCAGAAUUAUUCCCAUGACAUGAAAAUUUAACAGAUCCAUGUAGACGUAAACAAGCGUUUCACACCGCAUUCGUACUAAUUUUUCGUGCUAACAAUUUGCAUUUUCCGCAACAAGAAACGUCGUAGAGCUCUGUUUUACUGCGCGCUGAUUGGUCGAUACUUAGACCCCCUGUGACCAAAUGGAACGCCGCUCGAGUCUGACAACACACGCUUCAUCCUACUCUUCCAAUAUGGCGAACCCAAGGAAAUUUGCCGAGAAAAUCGCGCUGCAUACUCAAAAACAGGAGGAGGAAACGCGUGCUUUCGAACAGAUAAUGAAAGAGGUGUCCAUGCUCGAGACGACCAGAAAGCCCCAACAUCAGCAAAUACAGUCACACUACCGUGGUGGAUCACUGCCGAAUGUGAACUUCAGCCUACACGCACAGAACCGCCUUGAUUUACAGAAUGCGUUAAAUAAUCUGGAUGAUCUCAAAGUGAUGCACAAUGUUGGUGAUCGAAUGCCUAUGAGGGACAGACGAUUUCCAGGCAGCCGAACAGUUCCAUUUAACACGAACAAUCGUUUUCGGACAAUAGACCCAUCGCCUUACCAUGUCUCUGGCUGCCAUUUGUCACCUCCACAACAUAUGGAUCAAGGAUGGGGAGAACGAAGAAUUGCAUCAGAUUCUGCUCUUCAUGACAGUGUAAUGCGUGCAGAAGUGAAACCAAAAGAAAAAACAUUGCCAUCGUAUGAAGUGAGAAAGGUUCGUAGUCCUCAAUCAAGACCGAAGUCAUGUGAAGUCUCUGGAAUGAUGUACCCAUCAGCAGAACACAUGUCACAGACAGGACCCAACUUGCCAAUAGCCGCUGCCAAUACUGGUGGUUCUCUUCCAGAUCUUACAAACCUGCAUAUUCCGUCUCCACUACAAACACCCAUCGAUACUGAUGAACAAGUAAAUCAGGUGUUGUCACCUACCCAGCCUUUUCCAGUGUCGCAAACAAGACAGAGUCCUGUUCGACGGCAACAAGGCAAUCAACAGCAGUUAAGAAAGCCACAAUACACAAACCAAGUCCCACUUAUGGAUGUAAAUCUCACACCACUUGAAAACAGAUUGCAACAAUUCCAGUUGUAUCCACAGGGAAAUAUUCCAAAUAACGAUUUCAGCUCACAUGGUAGCUCACCCAUUACAACAAGUGCAUCACCUACUCUUUCUCCCACAUCAUCGUCACCAGUGACACCCCUUUUUGGUAACUUACCAACCAGUCCAUUGUCAUCAUUUAAUCCAGAGCUCUACUUUAAACAGCAACAGCAACAGCAGCAGCAAACACAACAGGCAAGCACGCUAGCAUUACAACAACAACUUGAACAAUUUUCAGUGCAUCGUCCAAUGGCAGUAGGAGGGAUGUUGAAUUCUUCAAUGCAACUUCCCUUCCAAACUUUGCUAGCACAAACACCAACAACGAUGCCAGGGCAAGGAAUGCCUAGCUUAGGGCAUUUUUAUGGGCCGGGUCAUUCACGGGUACCAGAUUUAAUUGUAACUGGAAUAGAUGAUGAUGGAGCAAGAUCAGACUUUGCUAAAGAUCUUAGUACAGCCAUGGCCCAUAUUGGAGGAGAUGAUACUGGUGAAAUGUACUCAUCUGAUGAGGUUGUGCUUGAUCCAUUAGAUGUAGAAGGCUUUCAGAUGUUAUCUGGUCAGGAUUCAGAGCUCACUGAUGCUGCAACAGAAGAUCAGUUUCGCCUUGACCGCCUGGGAUCUGCACGAUUACACUGAAUAAUGAAAAAUAUACUUCUUAAAGAAAGAUGCUGUAUUUCCUUCACUAACCACUGGAGAUCUUUCAAAAAGAAUGCUUUAACUUUCCUUGUGGAAUUGCUGUAUAAAUGCAAUAUUAUUGUGAUGACCUGUUUUUAUCCCGCGGGUAACUUAUUUUUGAAUGCAUCGUAAUUAAUUGAUUAAUUAAUUAAAUGUUAUGAUAGGUAAUGUAAAUUAGGUUUUAGUAUUUUAUUAAGGGUUACAGGCAAAAAGUAAUAAGAUUGUUCUUCCCAAGGUAACCCUUUUGUAUCCAUAAUUAUCACAGCGUGUAUCAUAGAGUAUGGUUUCGUGUGUAAAUAGAAUUUCUCUCUCCUGUAGACAAUAAUUGCCAAUAUUAUUGGCAAUUGUGCAGUAUAAUUAUUAUGUAAUAAUUAUGUAAUAAUGUAAAUGUGUAACACUGUGGUGAACAAGGAACAUUUUUUACUGCAUAGCUUCAGUUUCACCAGAGGCAUAUUAUAGCAAAGGACAGAAAAACAAGCAAUAUUGAUUAUUUGUUCAAUUCCUUUUAACUUUUUCACCUAAUUAACUAUGUUUCCAGUCAAAUUUUCAGCUAAGAGGGUUUUUGCAGACGUACACAGGAACAUGCCAUACAGAUACCAGACAGUCCAAGGCAAGAUAGCUGAAUCAGUUAUGUUAUACAAUAUGCCCCAGUACAGACUCAUGACCACUGUGAAGUUCAUUUUAAGAAUAUAUCAUCUAUACUGAAAGUUAAAACCCAAGCGGGAUAUCUUGACUAGCAAAUAGUAGUGUGGGGCUGGAAGAGGCUCAUCAAAUAGAAAUUGUGUCAGUGAAAGUUCAGUACGUUGUGAUCUGGUGGCUAAAUAUACAAAAGAAAGAAAUGCCUUUGUCUUAUUUUGAUGACUAUUUCUACAAACUUAUUUUCUCAGCAGCUCACAUAAUGUACUUAUACCAGCAUUGAUCGCUCAUCACCAAGGCUGUGGUCUUAGAAAAAUUAAGAGGAACCCAAAGGUUCCCAACCAUGAAAUCCUGGGUGUCCAGCAGUUAAGGCCAUAUCAAAAAAGUGAGUUUUUCCAGUCACCCAAAGGCCAAAGUUAGUUACCUGUGGCACCUGGGCGCUUCUAGAGCACAGCGCUGCUCUUUGUGAUAUAUGUGUGCAGGUGGAUUCACAAACUUACUAGUAUCAUGAUGUUUGUCGAUUCAGGCUGGAAGCUGUCUAUCCUUAUCUUUCACCAUAACAGUUGUGGGCCAAUCAAACGUAUUUCGGAGCUCAUCCGA